CGGCUCGCUUCAUGAGCACCGAGCCUGUGAGACCUGUCAGGAGAAGCGCGCCGCCAAAGGAUGCCAGGAGGAUCAACGGUGCCCGUUCGGAGAGGAAAGUCUUCACUCUCUGAGUCUCCUGAUCAUGUCGUUCGCCGCUCUUUGAGGAUUCUGCGGCGGUCAUCGUCGGAGUGUGUCCGAGCAAGUCGUCAGAGUCGAAACAAUCGUAGGCUCGCAAAAUCGCGCUUGCCGUGUGCUCAUCAAGUCAACCGAGAACGAUGUCUAGCUCGCUCGAAGGUCGACUGGCGACCUUGUCAAUCACGCCGAUAGAGGACAAGACGGACGAUGGCAGCGUAGUAGAGAUCAAGCACUACUUCUUCAAGCCCAAACCAGCUGCUUCGUCAAAUUCUGCAAUAAAGCUCCUCGUCGUCUUGGCCGAAGUCUCAAAGGACAUUGGCAAAGCGACUGCGCUGGCCAAACAGCUAGGCUACAAAGAUCUUCGUGCGGCAGACGAUGGCCAGGUCAAAGACGUCCUUGGCGUUCCCAAAUCACAAGCUUCCUUGCUGUCCAUCCAGGCGGAUCACUCUCAGUUCAUCCAUCUCGUUGCUUCCUCAACCCUGCAGACUGCGCAUUGUGUCUCCUUUCCGAACGAAAAGCACUCGACCGAGCAAGACUUGGACGAAAUCACGGGCAAGACAGUCGUGCUGAAAGGUACAGAUGCCAAGCGCUUCGCCGAGAGCCGUGAAUGCGCCGAGUUCAGCGAGGUUGAAUUCGCCGAGCGAGGUGAACCUCAACCUGCCGCUCCCAAGGCUGCUGCUGCUCCUACUGCUGUGAAAGAACCCAAAGCGCAGCAAGGCAAAGCGAGGACAGCAGAGGAGGAAGAGAUCCACGAGCUCGGUAUACACGCAAAGAAACUCGAGGACUUUCCGGGCUGGUAUCAGCAAGUACUCAUCAAGGGUGACAUGAUUGAUUACUAUAGCGUGUCUGGCUGCUAUAUCCUCAAGCCAUGGAGCUACGGCAUCUGGGAAGUCAUACAGCGAUGGUUCGACGACCAGAUCAAGCUGCUCGGUUGUAGCAAUUGCUCAUUCCCCCUCUUCGUCUCACAGCGAGUACUCGAGAAAGAAAAGGACCACAUCGAAGGGUUCGCCCCCGAAGUCGCCUGGGUCACUCGGGCAGGCAGCACAGACUUGGAAGAACCCAUUGCCAUUCGCCCGACAUCAGAAACGGUCAUGUAUCCGUACUACGCCAAGUGGAUCCGAAGCCACCGUGAUCUUCCGCUCAAGCUCAACCAGUGGAAUUCUGUCGUCAGAUGGGAAUUCAAGACGCCGCAGCCUUUCCUACGAACGCGCGAAUUCCUCUGGCAAGAGGGACACACUGCCCAUUUGACCAAAAGCGAAGCAGACGAAGAAGUGACCGAUAUUCUAGAUCUCUACAGAAGAGUGUACGAAGAGCUACUGGCCGUGCCCGUCAUUCCUGGCAUCAAGACCGAGAAAGAAAAGUUUGCCGGCGGACUCUACACGACCACCGUGGAAGGCUUCAUUCCUGCUUCGGGCAGAGGCAUCCAGGGCGGUACAUCCCAUUGUCUCGGUCAGAACUUCAGCAAGAUGUUCAACAUCGUCGUACAAGAUCCGAGCGCAAAGGAAGGCCAGGAGCUUCCUCCCAUUCACGUCUGGCAGAAUUCUUGGGGACUCUCCACUCGUACCAUCGGCGUCAUGGUCAUGGUGCAUGGCGAUGACAAGGGGCUGGUCAUGCCGCCUCGAGUUGCACAGCUGCAGGUCAUCGUGCUCGGCGUUGGCAUUACUGUCAAGACGGAUGCAGAGAUGAGGCAGAAGAUCAACGACAAGUGCAAAGAGGUCGUCAAGCAAUUACGCGCAGCUGGCAUCAAAGCACAAGUAGACGAUCGAGAUACGCAUACGCCUGGCUUCAAGUUUGCAGAUUGGGAACUCAGGGGUGUGCCGCUCCGAUUGGAGAUCGGACCGAAAGAUCUCGCGAGCGGCUCGGCGUUCUCUGCCCGAAGAGACACGGGCGUCAAGGCUCCCAUCCCCUUCGAUUCGCUCGUCAAGGAUGUCUCGGCGUUGCUAGAUCAGAUUCAGAGCGACAUGUUCACGCGAGCAAAGAAGACGUUCGAUGAGCGUGUCAUCUUCUUGACGGAGUGGAAGGAUUUUGUGCCCACGCUCAACAAGGGAUGUAUCUGUGCAGUGCCAUGGUGCGAUGUCGAAGCUUGCGAGGAUGCGAUCAAGAAGAAAAGUGCAGAGGAAACUGCCGAAGCUGUGGUUGACGAACGCGCGCCGUCUGCGGGAGCCAAGUCGCUCUGUAUCCCCUUUGACAAGAAGCGGUUCACCGACAAGCCGGCGAGCGAGUACAAGUGCGUCAAGUGCGGUCAACAAGCAAAGCAUAUCACGCUCUUUGGCCGAUCGUACUAGAUGCAUUGCACAACAGCCAAUGAUGAGAUCAUCAUGAUGAUCGUCACUACUCAAGAGCGUGUGAGCAGCUGCUGGUGACAGGCUUAGGUAGUAUCGCCUAAUGAGUAAUCUUCAUCCAUCUGCUACAGAGUAUGGCUCGCUUCCUCCGUUGUACUACCGCAAGGCUCGACAGCCCGCAACAAGACAGCUCGUGACAAAGGUAUGAUGAUGACAACACGCUGUAUCAUGAUGAUGGCCGGCUGACGGGAGCGGCGGCGACGUCGAGGACCUGCGGUAGGUAGAGCAUGACCAGACUGAGCAAGCUCAUCAUGAGGCCGUUGAUGGGCGACCCGGUACUCUGACCGAGAUUGCCGAGAUUAUUGAGG